AAAAGGGUGAUGGAACUGAUUCCCUGCCUGCGCGGCUGAGCACUGCACUUUGACUAUGGAAGCAGAGGUUGCUGAUGGAUAUAUAACAUGUGACAAUGAGCUUUCGCCCGAAAGGGAGCACGUCGGCAUGGCCAUUGACCUCACCUCCAGCACACCCAAUGGGCAGCACACCUCCCCCCGUCACAUGGCAAGCACAAAUUCAGUAAAGCUAGAAAUGCAAAGUGAUGAGGAAUGUGACAGGAAGCCCCUGAGUCAGGAAGAUGAGAUCAGGGCUCACGAUGAAGGAAGCAGCCUGGAAGACCCCCUCACUGAGAGUCAUGAGAUGGUGGAUAACAGGAAGAUCCAGGAGCUGUCGAGCGAGGGAGGAAUCCGGCUUCCCAAUGGUAAACUGAAAUGUGACGUCUGUGGCAUGGUUUGCAUUGGGCCCAAUGUGCUAAUGGUACAUAAAAGGAGCCACACUGGUGAACGCCCCUUCCACUGUAACCAAUGUGGAGCUUCUUUUACCCAAAAGGGGAACCUGCUGAGGCACAUCAAGUUGCACUCUGGGGAGAAACCGUUCAAAUGUCCUUUCUGCAGCUACGCCUGCCGGCGGAGGGACGCCCUCACAGGACACCUCAGGACGCACUCUGUGGGGAAGCCUCACAAGUGCAACUACUGCGGCCGGAGCUACAAGCAGCGCAGUUCGCUGGAGGAGCACAAGGAACGCUGCCACAACUAUCUGCAGAAUGUCAGUAUGGAGGCUGCUGGGCAGGUCAUGAGUCACCAUGUACCUCCUAUGGAAGAUUGUAAGGAACAAGAGCCUGUGAUGGACAACAAUAUUUCUCUGGUGCCUUUUGAGAGACCUGCUGUUAUAGAGAAGCUGACGAGCAACAUGGGAAAGCGUAAAAGCUCCACCCCACAGAAGUUUGUGGGUGAGAAGCUCAUGAGAUUUGCCUAUCCAGAUAUUCCCUUUGAUAUGAACCUAACCUAUGAGAAGGAGGCUGAGCUGAUGCAGUCUCACAUGAUGGACCAAGCCAUCAACAAUGCAAUCACCUACCUUGGAGCUGAGGCACUUCACCCUCUGAUGCAGCACACACCAAGCACAAUUGCAGAGGUGGCCCCAGUCAUCAGCUCAGCUUACGCUCAGGUCUAUCAUCCCAACAGGAUAGAGAGGCCCAUCAGCAGGGAAACGCCUGACAGUCAUGAGAACAACAUGGAUGGCCCCAUCUCCCUCAUCAGACCAAAGAGUCGAACCCAGGAUAGAGAGGGCUCCCCCAGCAAUAGCUGCCUGGAUUCUACUGACUCAGAGAGCAGCCACGAAGACCGCCAGUCCUACCAAGGAAACUCUGCCUUAAAUCCCAAGAGAAAGCCAAGCCCGGCUUAUAUGAAGGAGGACGCCAAGUCUUUGGAUGUCACAAAAGCUUCUAAGGGCUCUUUAAAGGAUAUCUACAAGGUCAUCAAUGGAGAAGGGGAGCAAAUUAGGGCUUUCAAGUGCGAGCACUGUCGCGUCCUUUUCCUGGACCAUGUCAUGUACACCAUCCACAUGGGCUGCCACGGCUACCGGGACCCGCUAGAGUGCAACAUCUGUGGCUACCGAAGCCAGGACCGCUAUGAGUUCUCGUCGCACAUAGUCCGAGGGGAGCACACAUUCCACUAGGCCUUCUCAUCCAAAGGGGACUCGUAUGAAG